AUGGGCUUCGGUGACCUGAAAUCCCCCUCCGGACUCAAAGUCUUGAAUGAGUUUUUGGCGGAGCGCAGCUACAUUGAGGGGUGAGUCGGUUAUUGACCGUGUUGACCGAAUUAACGGCGCGAAAGUCGGUUACACUGAAUCUCCGGCCUGUGGAGAGAAACUGGCAGCCGCCAUCUUGGCUCCGUGCUGAGCUAACUGGUGUUAGCAAAGACGUUACAAGUAGAAAUGAAUCCAUAAAGCCAAAAACUAAGCGUAUAUCAGUCUGUAAAGCUGUAAACGGAUACUUGGCUGCUUCAGAUGUGCUUCUUAAGGUUUAUUAUUCUUUUCAAGUUUAUUGUGAGCAGGUUGUGGGAAGUCACGUGGUGCUGGUGUGCUAACUUUGACCAUGUGGCAAUUGAAAGUCUGAGUGAUCAAAAUUAAAACUAACUUCUUUUCUUAAAAAAAAUCAGUCUCAUUUAGCUGCAGUAGGAUUUACGAAUUAAACACUUUUUUUUUAAAUAAUAUUUUAUUAGCAGAUGAGGGCUUUGAGUGUGAAACAUUGAUAAUCAAUGAUUGUUCCUUAAACUAAGUUUGAGUAUUUUGUCAUUUUAACUAAUUUUCCUUGGGUUUCUCAGAAAUUAAACAAUAAAACUGUUAAAAAGUAUAAAUAUUUCAGAGCUGCCAAGCGUCACACUUUGAGUGUCACAGUCACGCAAUUUGACCCAUUCUCACGCCACAUGCCACACUUGACAUUUCUCACGCUUAUUUUUCAAUAUUCAAUACUCUAUAUUUAUAUUUUUCAUAAUAAUAAACUUGGCUUGCUGUAGUUCGAGUAACUCUGAUUGACUGACCAAGAUAACCAAUCCAUCAGCCCUUUGUGCCUAAUGCUGAGCUGAAAAUGAUGCCACACCUGAGUUUUCAGGUCGGUCAAAAGCAAAAUUGGAGGCCUGAAACAAGACGGCUCCAUCUACUAAAGGAAUUAUAGCGCUUGCCUUAUAUUCGGACAAGGCAUGCGCUAAAAUAACUUUAACUUUAACUUGGCAGCCCUGAUAUUUUAUUCAAACAAAAUGAACGCUAUCAUUCAACUAACAACCAGGGAUGCAGCUCACACCUGUCAUCCCCACCACCACUACCAGGUACACUGUUGUUAAUUUUCAGGUGUUUCCUCUCUACAGGUAUGUCCCCUCCCAGGCUGAUGUUGCAGUCUUCGAUGCGAUCUCAUCGCCGCCUUCAUCCGACCUGUGCCAUGCUCUCCGCUGGUACAACCACAUCAAGUCGUACCAGAGCCAGAAGAGCAGGUGAGGCUGAGGAUGUCAGCAGGGCGCAAGCGUACAGGUCUGUGACAUCAGUCGUGUAAGCCCCGCCUCUUUCUGCGUUCAGUCUUCCAGGUGUGAAGAAGCCUCUGGGUCAGUACGGCCCAGCAGGUGUGGCAGACGCCACCUCCCGCCCCGCUCCCGCCUCAAAAGAUGAUGAUGACGACGAUGACGACAUGGACCUGUUCGGCUCAGACGAUGAGGUGAUGUCACAGUGAUGUCGUCAUUUUUGUGUGACCUCCCCCUCCAUUGGCUGAGUGUUAAUCUGUCCCUUAUUCUUGUCUGGUAGGAAGACGAGGAGGCGGCAAGACUGAAGGAGGAGCGCCUGGCAGAGUAUGCUGCAAAAAAAGCAAAGAGUACGUUUGAUCACAUGACCUCACUUGAAAGCGAUUCGAUAACUACUCUGUUAUGUUGGUUAUGAGCAUCCUGAUUGGCCGACUCUUCAUGAUGAUCAACCAAUCACCAUCUUUCGGCUGACUGCCUGAUGGACACCUUUUUGAUUUACCUGAGAGAGUCUUCGACCUUAAAUUGGACAUAUCUGAGUAAGCAGUGGUAUCCUCGGUAACUGACUCCACCCUCUUUCUUUAGAGCCCGCCCUCAUCGCCAAGUCGUCAAUCCUGUUGGACGUGAAGCCGUGGGACGAUGAGACGGACAUGGGGAAACUGGAGGAGUGUGUCCGUAGUAUUCAGAUGGAUGGGCUUGUGUGGGGACAGUGUAAGAAUACUUCAGAGUGCUACAUAAAUACUAAAAAUAAUAAAACCGAUUAUUGGUCAUCAAAAUUGAGUAGUGAGGUGAGAUUCUGCAGAUUUAAUGAUGAUCCUCAAAUCACCAUCUUUCGGCUGAAGAAGAGAUGACACUUUUUGAUCUGAAACUGCAGAUUUACUCUAAAUAAAUGUAGUAAAAUUAGAUUUAUUAAUCCGUUUAGCUUGGUACUGAACACCAUUCACAGGCAAUCAAGAUUUAGUUUUAGUAUUUUAAGGAGUCCAAACAUAAUCCAACCUUCUACUUGUUUAUGGUACCUUUACACAAUAUAGCGUGAUUUAAUCUUGACUAAUCAGAGUUUCUGAUUUGUCUUUCUGCAGCCAAGCUCGUCCCGGUCGGUUACGGCAUCAAGAAACUCCAGAUCGGCUGUGUGGUAGAAGACGACAAGGUGAGAACCUUCAGAUCCUUCACCUGUAGCACCUUCUGUUACCUGUUGGAUCACACUGACCUCAUGUGUGUUUUGUUACCUGUGUGUAAAGGUGGGCACAGACAUCCUGGAGGAGCAAAUCACAGCCUUUGAGGACUUCGUCCAGUCGAUGGACGUCGCUGCUUUCAACAAGAUCUGA